AUGGCUCCCAUCUCAAAAUUCAUCCCAUUCUUUUUCUUAACAACCCUUUUGUUGUCUCUGCAAAUCAAUGCCAGAGGCAGCCAGUUCUUGAGAAACAGGGAAGUCCUUUUCAACAACAAUGCCAAAGAUACAGAGUUUCCCAUCAAUGAAGAACCACUAAACAAGCCAGAACAGAAGCCAGUCUUCAUCCCAGAGACUGAAAAGAACUAUGAUCUAUUUAGCUAUGAGUCUCGUCAGAACCCUUCCAUCACCACCAACCCCAGCAGCACUUACCAGUCGUACAAAACGGAGUCUAAGAAAGAUGUCAGCAACUACCCCAACACUGAUUUCUACAACUUCAACAACGAUGCAUAUACCACCAACCAAGAUGAAGUCAGUGACACAAGAUUCGCAGGGACACAUUACCGCAACAACAACAAUGCUUUUAAUGACAAGUUCAACUUCAACGACAACGAUGGUGCGAGUAACCAGAACCAGGAGGAGUUCGAAGAUGCCCAAGAAAACUUCCAACCUUGA